CUCAGUUGUUGAGGGGCGGGGCCUUCGCAGACAAUGGCGGGCGAGCUCGAGGGCUGCAAACCUCUGGGCGGGCUGCUGAGCGGCCUGGCCCAGCAGGCUUUCCACGGGCACCAGGGCAUCACGGAGGAGCUGCUGCGGAGCCAACUCUAUCCAGAGGUGCCACCCGAGGAGUUCCGCCCCUUUCUGGCGAAGAUGAGGGGGAUUCUUAAGUCUAUUGCAUCUGCUGACAUGGAUUUCAACCAGCUGGAGGCGUUCUUGACGGCUCAAACCAAAAAGCAAGGUGGGAUCACAUCUGACCAAGCUGCUGUCAUUUCCAAAUUCUGGAAGAGCCACAAGACAAAAAUCCGAGAGAGCCUCGUGAACCAGAGCCGCUGGGACAGUGGGCUUCGGGGCCUGAGCUGGAGAGUUGAUGGCAAGUCUCAGUCAAGACACUCAGCUCAGAUACACACCCCUGUGGCCAUAAUUGAGCUGGAAUUAGGGAAAAUUGGACAGGAAUCUGAAUUUCUGUGUUUGGAAUGUGAUGAGGUCAAGGUCAACCAAAUUCUGAAGAAGCUCUCAGAGGUAGAAGAAAGUAUCAGCACACUGAUGCAGCCAGCCUAACUGAAGAUGAUGAAGGAAGGAGCUGGAGUUGUAGGAACAAAGGUGUUGAUGAUCCCUCCCCACCGACCUUUUUAAAAAAUAUUCUUUUUCCCUCAUUGGUAUUAAAUCCUCAAAAUCAAUCUUGUCUCCCUCU